AAAAAAUGCAACAAAAAGUUCCAACUGUAAUUAUUAUUGGUGCAGGUCUAGGAGGCCUUACUUUUUAUCACGCUUUGAUAAAGAAUAAAGAUAAAAAAGAAUUCAAGGUAAAGAUCUUUGAACGAGAAUCUGGUCCUCAAGGUAUACGUAUAAAUAUACUGUGUAAUCAUUCUCUUAACAUUUUUUGAAGAAUUUACAUAAACAUUUGUUUACUUCUAUGGUAAACUGAAAGAUCGAUGGCAAGGAUAUCAUAUAGGAAUAAACAAUUAUGGAGCUCGAUCUCUUAUAAAUUGUAUUCCUUCUUCGAUCGCUUCAAACCUUCCAAAAGCGACACCAAAUCCAAUUCCUAAUCUAGAAUAUCAUGGAUUUUCACUUGCCGAUCAUACGGGAAGUCUACUAUUAAGACCUCCAUCUAAACAAGUUAAAGAUAUUUACGAAGUCGCAAAUUUAACCACUAGUUUUUCGAUAAUUAUCACUUAUCGUAAUAGGCUUAGAGAUGUUCUAUUAGAAAAUGUACCAGUUCAAUGGGGUAAAAAAUGUAUUGGAUAUGAGGAAACUGAUGUUGGUGUUUGGGUACUUUUUGAAGAUGGUUCGAAAGAAUUUUGUGACAUAUUAGUUGGUGCAGAUGGCGUCAA